AUGAUCUGUGAAUAUGAGCGAAUUAAAUUUAUAUUUCCUCGUUUUGAAAAAUUUAUCAUUCUGGUACAAUGAUAAAUAAGAUUUAGGACUUCAAUACAAAAAUAGCAUUAGAAGAUUUGAAAUUUACCUUCACUAAUGUAAUGAAAAUUGAUCUCUUCGCCAGAAAAUUAGUAUUUUUUAUUACUAAGGGUUUCAAUUCAAUUGAAUUGGAUUCCCAAAAAAGUCUCUAAGGGUAGGCAGCUUUAAGCAAUUACAAAAAGAAUAAAACUCAAAUUGAAAUCGUUGUAAAAUUUUUUGAAGAGGGGGCUUGA